ACGUCUACACACGCUUUGGAAAUACAUGAGGGAAAACAGCAUUUGAAUAAAGCAAUUAAACUUAAGGAAUGUCCAGUAUGCAAGAAAAAAUUCAGCACAAAGUAUUUAAGUACACAUAUGGACAUCGUACAUGUGGGAAAGCGUAAAUACACUUGUGAUACUUGUGGUGGCUCGUAUAAAUGCCGUGAUACUAUUAACCGACACAAGCGAUUGCAUGCGAAGGAAUGCAACUUCCCAUGUAAUGUAUGUGAUAAGAACUUUAUUGAUAAAACAGAACUCAAAGUACAUAUGCGAGUUCAUACGGGCGAAAGGCCAUUCAGCUGUCAUUUGUGUGACCGCCGAUUUAGAAUUAGAGUUCAUCUCUCCUAUCAUUUACAACGUCAUGAUAACGUCAAGCAGACAUGUAAGGUAUGUGGCAAAGAGUUCAUAAACAGCGAGUCUUUACGAAUCCAUUCGUUCCGACAUAAAGGUAUAAUGCCAUAUAUGUGCCUUAUAUGCGAUUACGGCAGCGCAAAACGUAAUUAUUUUGUAACACAUAUGCUUCAUAAACACGGUAUAACUAUGACGGAUGAUGAAUUAUUUGCAAUGUUCAAAGCGAAUACAGGCCGAUCUCCACGCGUAAAAUUAGCGAAAGAAUUAGAAAUCAUGGAAAAGAACUCAAUAAAUUUAAAUUAAAACAAGUAAUUUUUAAGCAAAAAACAAAACUGACUUCAAUUCUCAUAUAAAAGUU